CAUGUAAACCAAAAUUGAAAUACAUGUAUUUUCGCUAACAAUAACAAAAGUCUAGAUAGAGACUAGAAUCUAGAUAGUCAAUAGCUAGAUCUAGAUCUUGAUCUAGACUCUAGAAAAAUUUAAAAUGACAGCUCUGUCUUUACCGAAUGAAUCUAUUUUUCCAUACUUAACACCCAUUGAAUUGUUUAAAGAGAAAGACAUAGUAAAAGUAUGUGCUCCUAUGGUUCGUUAUUCAAAGUUAGCAUUCAGAAAACUAGUCAGAAAAUAUGAUUGUGACCUGGCCUUUACUCCAAUGAUUGUUGCUAACAGUUUUAUUAAAAGCAUUAAAGCAAGAGAUAAUGACUUGACAACAAGUUUUGAUGACAAGCCACUCAUAGUUCAGUUUGCUGCUAACAAUGCUCAAGACUUUGCAGAGGCUACUGAAAUUGUUGCACCCUUUGUAGAUGGAGUUGAUUUAAACUGUGGAUGUCCUCAAAGGUGGGCAAUGGCUGAAGGUUAUGGGGCAUCACUUUUGAAAAAAUCUGACUUACUCUGCGACAUGAUCAAACAAGCAACCAGUAGAGUGAACAGAGCUGAUUUUACAGUCUCAAUGAAAAUAAGGAUCCACGCAGACAUCAGGGAAACAGUUGACUUUUGUCAGAAAGUGGAAAAAAUGGGCCUCUCUUUUCUCACUGUGCAUGGCAGAAAUAAAUAUCAAAGAUGUGAGCCUGUUGACUUUGAUGCCAUCAAAAUAGUCAAGGACUCAGUUCAAAUCCCAGUAAUAGCCAACGGUGAUAUUCGUUCUAUGGAUGAUGUAUCCAGAGUUUCGGAUUCAACUGGAGUUGAUGGUGUGAUGUCAGCUCGGGGUAUCCUAGCCAACCCUGCAAUGUACUCUGGUUUCUUUGAUACUCCAUUACAUUGUAUUCAAGAUUGGGUUGACAUAGCUUUGUCACUAGGAACAUCAUUCUCUAUAUUUCAUCACCACCUAAUCCUCAUGCUAGAACAUCUGCUGCCCAAAGCAGAAAGAAAUGUUUUUAAUUCACUGGCAAGCACAUCAGCAGUUUUGGAUUUCCUUAGAGAAAAUGUUGGCAUUAAAUAAUGAGCAUUACUUAGUAUCUUUCUGUAUAUAUUUUAUGUUAUUAAAUCUUCAUAGA